GCACUCUGGUGCGGUUCGAUUGAUAUAUAUAUGAAUGCAAUCUGGACCAAAGAUGUCUAAAUGGACCAAAAACAGGAGGCCUAAUACUGACCUCAAGCAUACCUGGUUCUUCUCCUCAUAGGAGCUAUGUUGCCCAUUAUAGUUCGGUACAGGCGUUGGAACCGCUGUCAGCCAUCCUUGCAGCUUAUCUUCAUUUGUGUGUGCAACGGAGGAAUUCCUGGUGCUGUUUUGACUCCUUUACACAUUUUAUUAACUCUUCGUUUGUUCUCAGCUGGUAAAAAUACCACCAUAUAUACAUAUAUAAAUAUAACGAGUGCAUUUUGCCCAGCAGCCAGCAUUGUUUUGGAUGAUCGUUAAGUUUCGUCAUAAAAGCUGUCCAAUCAGGUUGUGACUUUUUCCUGAUGCCUUUGGUUUUGUAUCGUUAGGUUCGGUGUUAAAAAUGCCAGUGUGAACGCUAAGCGAACCAGGACUAAAUGUAUCAAUUUAUUUUUUGGUCUGGACCAAGAAGACCAAAAUAACUCUUUGUGUUCCACUGAGAAAAAAAAUCACAUCGGUUUUUGGUGCAGCAUGAGGGUGAGAAGAUGAUAAAAGAACUAUUCCUUUAAUAUGUACAGGAUUUAUGGACCGCUAAUUGCAAUCUAUUUUAAAUCUGUGUCACCAAUGCCUCGGAGGAGAAAUGCGUGCUGUACAAAGAAUGGAGGACGUUUGAAUUAUCCUAGUGUACAAAUCUGACUGAACUGCACUGAUGACUUGCAUAUCUGAACAGAUCUGAGUAAACUGAAAAGAUGACUUGCAGAUCCUUUGUAACAUCAGAUCAAAGGGUGGAUGACAUUAUAUGAAGGUGGAGAGAAAUAUGACCUGUAUUUUUCUUCCUGUAUAGAAAGAAUGAAUCCCUCUCUUCCUGUGCUGUCCUUGUGAUGAGAGGAAACAGCAGGCCAGUCCAUAAAACUGCCUCAAAGACAUGAAGAAUGGAGAAAACCCCCUGCAUCCUGCUUUUCAACACCGUAUGAAGGAGGCGUGUGGAAAGUGCGAGUAGAUCUUCCAGACAAAUACCCCUUCAAAUCUCCAUCUAUAGGAUUUAUGAAUAAGAUUUUUCAUCCAAACAUCGAUGAAGCGUCAGGGACCGUGUGUUUAGAUGUAAUCAACCAGACAUGGACUGCUCUUUAUGAUCUCACCAAUAUCUUCGAGUCGUUUUUGCCACAGUUGCUGGCCUACCCAAACCCCAUCGACCCUCUGAACGGGGACGCAGCAGCCAUGUACCUGCACCGACCAGAGGACUACAAACAGAAAAUCAAAGAAUACAUCCAGAAAUAUGCAACAGAGGAGGCUCUGAAGGAGCAGGAGGAAGGAGCAGGCGACUCCUCUUCAGAAAGCUCCAUGUCUGACUUUUCAGAGGAUGAAGCUCAGGACAUGGAGUUGUAGUUAAGGGUGACAGUUCCUCCCCUUUACCACAGAGACUAUAUUAUUUCCAAACCAUGCGAAGCAGACUAUAAAAGAUUCAUAUUUAAACAAGGUGAUUUUUUUUAUCGUUAUUAUUACUAAACCAGGAUUUUUUUGGAUAUCUAGCAUUGACGAUGAAUACGGAACACUCUCUAGAUGUUCUCUCUCUACUUCUUGGUGUUUUUUUUUUCUCUCUUUCACUCUCUCACUCGCUCUCUCCAUUGCCCCACCAAAAGAAAGGCUUGUAGUGUUUUCACCCCUUGAUUCCACGUUGGUACCUGCAUAGCUGGAAUGCAUGUCAUCACCUCCCUAAUCCACCUUUUCCAAUGCAGACUGACUGGACUAUAAACGGAGGUCUACUGAUGCAGAGGCUGUAUUUAAGUGGGGGUGCCCAUUUGUCCCUUGUGAUGUUACUAACGUACCAGAGACAACCGAGGGGUCUGAUCUAACUCUAAUAUGAGUCCACUCAGCUUAGACCUUUUGCAAGGACAGUCUUCAGCUUGUCUUCAGGACGUGAUUGGACGCAUUUUUUCCAGACACACUUCUCAUUUCCUCCUCCCUCCUCAGCGAUUUGAUCGAUUCUGUUCGAUCUUUCCCAUACAAGUCAUUUUGAAUUAUCAUUGCCUCCCUGGUUCUCCCGUUUGUUUCUUUUUUUUGUUUCUUUUCUCUUUAAAAAGCUGUGUUUUAUAGAAAAUGAAGAUUUAAUUGUCAAAAGAGGAAUGGCAGAUUCAGGAUCCAUUUUAUGACCCCCUUUUCCCAGUUUUCUGUCCUCCUUUCUUUGUCUUCAUUUAAAAAUUUUAUUUGGGUCUCACCUUUGGGAGGGAAAUUCUAAUGUUUCCAAGCUGUAUGUUGAAAUGAUCAUCAGGAUUUUACGUAACGCUGUACAAUUUCUGCUAACCAAUCAAGCCCACGGUAGCGCUCCAGCGUGUUUACUGCAGAAAAUAUCUGUUAAACUCCCUUUAAAUUCCAAAAAUCGUGACUUUAGCAUCUUUUAACAAGGAUGUAGAUAUAGAGGCUAGCGCACAGUGAUUCAACAGACUCACAACUUUUCCACUGGCUCUGCUACUUUUGGCUAUUGUCCCUCAUUGUGGAAGCCCACCUCAAAACGUGGCUGGAUUCUAUGACUCUGUGCCAUUUGAACUUCCACGGUGAUCACAAAAUGACCAAGAACGGAGCAUAAAUCGUUAUUUUCUAAAGAUUUUCCUAAAGAAACCAGAGAAAAAAUAUUGUCUCUUGCCCUGCCUGGCUUCUCCCAAUUUUAUUUUGUAAUAACACUGUAUGAAAGUCUUUUGUCUUUCUCUUUCUGUCCCUCCCUGUCUCACACCCUCUCUCUUUUUAACGCCCUAUUACAAGCUUCUUUUUUGUACAUUAUUGUAUGAUGCAGAAGUGAAGUUGUGUAGGACUUUGUUGGUCUAGCCUAGAAGAAAUGUUAAAAAGAAAAGAUUUUUGCUAACAUUUGUAGAGUUCAUCAUCUUUCCUAUUGCUUGUGCAUAACUAAGAUAGCUGUUGUUUGACCUCAUGUAGAUCUAGUUAGUUUACUGGGUGGUGAAAUCAAAAUGGAUGUUCAUAUGGAUUUUGGUCAUGUAAACCUGCUUGUCUAAAUACAGAUUUUAUGCGAUGGAUUCGAUUUGGUAAGAUCUGCCUUGAUCACUUUGGGCUCACAACAAACAAGAUGUGAGUUUAGGAGAAGAGUGAGAAACAUUUACUACCAUGGAGGUGGAUUUUUUGCUGAUAUGGUGUGGAAAGUGUGCAGAUAUCUUCUGUAUAAAGAGCUUUGAAUUUCAUCAAGCACCUGCAGAUAUCAUCAGUGGCAUGUUGGUAUGAAACAUAAAGAACCAGAUUUGGUUUGUUUGUGAAUAUGUGAUUUUCAGUGUUCUCACCAAUUCUCUCAUUCUGACUUUCAAAAUUUGUUCAUUGUCCAAUUUAAAUAAAACUGGGUCAGAGUCCAGUUGAUGUAUGCCAGGCUGAAGAGGGAAAGUUUUUCUGUUCAAAGUUUGCCUCGUCUGGUUAUUCCAGAGCUGCCUAUAUUUAUCCUGCGGAGUGUUUUCUUUUUUUUUCUUUUCUUUUUUUUUUUUUUUUUUGCAUUCUCUCCUGUUUUUCUUUUCUAAUGAAAUCAAUGCUUUAUGGGCAAAACAAUUGAACUUUUGUGGAGUUUUAGCCCGAGUCAAGAAUUGGCCGAAUAGUGCAAUGGAGAAAAGUCUUAGUUUAAAAUAUUUUCCUCUCUCUCAAGUCUGACUGUUGAUGGGGUUUUAUAUUUUCUAAAAGGGGAAAAAAAAAAAAAAAAAAAAAAAAAGGGGGGGGGGGUUAUAGAAGAUGUAAGGUUAUAUGCACCUGAGUCUCAUAGUCAAAGGAAGAUAUAUAUUUUAUUAAUCUGGCAGCAUGAUGUGUAGAAAUUGCUUUUUUUUUUUCUUUUUUUUUUUUUAUAUGCAACACAGCUUUCGCUCCCUUAUGUCUCAGACAUGUAUAGAAAAAAAUGCUUCUCUGCUGUUUGUUAGUUGGCAUGGUAAACAUUUUGCCAUGCAUAGCAACACAUCCUAUGCGUGGGCCAUAUGAGAUGACAAACUCAGCUUUUCAAUUUCAUUUUAGCUUCAUUUUUGCCCCCUGAACUUUAACAAAGUGUAUUAAGAGAAAAAUAAUGUGGAAAUUUAGUUUGAAUAUUUUUUCUUUGUUUUUAACUCGUGUCAAAUGAUUUAAGAAUCUCAUAUAAACAUGUAUAAGUGUGCUUCCAUUACAAGUUUAAUUAUAAAUUACAUUGAAAUUUGUGUUUUUUUUUUUUUUGUUUUUUUCAUUUUACUAACUUUUGGAUUUCUUUUACCCCAUGUCAAUAAAAAGAGGUACCCAUUUGGAGCAAGUAACAUGCAGUAUAUUGAGGGUAUCUGAAGAGGUUUUUGGGAUUGAAGGGUGCUCUCAGGAAGGACUUUUUCUAGGUUUUUAGUUUAGUGGAUGGGGAGAAAUUAAUAAUUGCAGUGUGCCCUUUGUGUUUUGAACCCUUAAGCCCCAAAUGUUUACACAUGCAUACAAACAAACACUCACACACAUUCAGAGGACAGCAGUUAUUAAUGUCAAGGUCUCCAGCUGUUUGUUUGUCAGAGAGAGAGAGAGAGAGAGAGAAAGGAAGAAAGAAUAGAGAUCUGUCUUCUGGUUGCUGCCAUGGCCUCACCCCCUGCUGGCCCUCUCGGCCAAUGGAAUCACAUCUCCUCUUGCAUUUGUGUUGCCAAGAGCUCUCCAGUGCACUUUGCAUGCAUCCGGUGUAGAGUCAAGUCUAGUUCAGUCCUGGCUGUCCACUUCCUAAGUCCCUUAUACCUGUGCAUCAAGAGGGUGCUCAGACAUGGGGCUUAUGUGAACUCGCAGCAUGGAUUUUUUAAUAGUAUCUGUAUCUAGUACCUAGUGUGUAAUACACUGAAAAAAAUCAAAUAAAAAAAAAAAAAUCACUUUUUUUUUUUU